AACUAAAUUUCUCUCUCUCUCUCUCCUAACAAAAAUGUUUGGUGCCAAAAAAAAUUAAAUCAAAUUCAAGUUGCGUAUAAAGACCACAUGGUCGAUGUCUUAACGAGACGCCUUGUAAUAUCGUCACCCUCUCGAGCUUAGCUUCCUCCUACCUUCCUCCAUCCUCUUCGUCUUCCUCCUCCUCUCGAUCGAUCGCCUCGCGAAGUCGCGAGCUAGCCAAGAAUCUCAUCUCCACUACAUAAGCGAGAAGCUGGAAGAGAGAGAGAGAGAGAGAGAGAGAGAGAGAGAGAGAGAGAGAGUGAGAGGUUAGCUAGCUAGAGAUGGAGGUGAUGGUGCCAGUGAUGGCGCCGAGCGCGCCGUGCAGCCCAAGAACGGCGGCGGAGCACCACCACCUGCCGAGCUACUGCUACUUCUUCUCGAGCGCGCCGACGAGCCCGACGAGGGCGAGCUACUCCGGCGAGGCGGCGGCGGCGGCGGUGGGGGUGGGUGAGGGGGAUGGGGCGUUCGAUUUCGCGUUCGGGUUCAGUGGCCAGCUGCGGGAGUCGACGCCGAUCCUCGCAGCCGCCGACGAGCUCUUCGAGGGCGGCAGGAUCCGGCCGCUGAACACGCCGCACCCGAGCAUUCUGCAGCUGGUGGAUGAUAGCGCGUACGCCUCGCCUCGGUCGCCGGGGAGGAGGCGGAGGAUCGCCGCCGCGGAGGCGGCGGAGGUGUCGUCGUCGUCGUCGUCGCAGAGAGGGAGGUCGGGCCGUGCUGCGCCUGCGUCGUCGUCGUCGAGCGCCUCGUCUCGUAGCCGGCGAGCCACGCGGUCUCUCUCACCGUUCAGGGGAGGAGGAGGCGGCGGCGCCGACGACGAGUACCCGUCCUCGCCGCCGUCGCCGAGGACCUCCAUGAUGCGCGGCUGCGGCAGCGGCAGCCGGAAGUGGAGGCUCAAGGACUUGUUCCUCUUCCGGAGCGCGUCGGAGGGGCGCGCCACCGGUGCCGGCAGCAAGGACCCGCUCCUCAAGUACACCAUGCUCUCCUCCUCCGCCUCGUCGGCGGCCGCGGCGCUGCACCACAACCCGCAGAAGCUUCGCGGCGGCGGCGACGGCAGCGCGUCCAUGCGCAAGGGCCGCGGGUCGACGGCGUCGGCCAGCGACAUGCCGUACACGGUCGGCCGCGCCGCCGCCGAGGACAUGCGGCGGCGCACCACGACGCCGCUGCCGUUCCACCGGAACAGCCUCUUCGGCUACCUCCGCUCCAACCCGGCCAUCCACAGCAUCAGCCGCAAGCUCAGCGGCUCCGGCUCCAAUCGCGGCAAGACCGCCGCUUGAGCGACACGCGCCAUGGCCGCCGCCGGCGAGUCGCGCGCCAUACAUGCACGAUGCUCUCGAACCCAACCUUGCAGAGAGAUGGUCAGAAAAUUUGCCAAAAUUCGUCCCCUUUUUUGUUUGAAUUUUCAAUGUAUUCUUUCGUUUCCUGUGAAACCACAAGGUUUUUCAUAUACUAGUGUAGAUAUGUACGUAGUACAUGGGAUUCGCAAGAAAUUUGGAAGUCCAAAGUAUAAUACGGCUCUCUUCAGUUCAUCCUACACGUAUAUUCA